UUAGGCGAUGUCUAUAGAGGAAGAAGUUGACAAAGAGCGCAAACACUAUGAAUGCGAUCGUGUUUGGUUGAUACGACGAACCUUCCUACGUAAGUACUGGAAUGAAAUGCCGAGAGACAGGUUACUAUGUCUUUCACAACUCUUCAUCAAUGUCAAUAUGAUCGGCUGCGUGUACAGUGAUGCUGUGAUGAAAAAAGUCCGCACAUAUGGUGCAGGAAUCAUGGAAGAGGCAAAUAGAUUGUUUGAAGAAGAGAAACCUGCACCAGCGCCUGCGCCAGCGCCAGCUCCCACACCUGCGCCAUCCAAACCCACAACUGCUGCUGAGCCGCAGAGACCCAUUGCUCACGCCCACCAUAGACAUAAUGCUAAUAAUGUCAGAAUGAGCUCAGAAGAAUUAUAUAUGCAAGAUAAGAUGAAGCAAAUUCGGAUAUUUUUACUACAGGCUGAUUAUCGCGCAUCAGCCAUGGAAAUGCUCAAUCAUGCGACAGGACGAGCACGAUCUCCAUGGACUCAAAAUAUCUCCGAUGGAGUUAUGCGGCUGUCUAUAGCUAAUGUUCUAGUCAUGCAACACAAGUUUACUCAACCAAAUGUGGACAUCCUGGAAAGUACUGUGAAUGCGGUAGUAGAAACUUUUCUCCAUGGUGGUGACGUCACGAUAAAGGGCAGAAUGGUCUACUUCAAUGGCGCCGGUCCACAAGACCUGUAUUGCAAUUUUUUGAAAAGGUGUUUGAAAAAAGCAGAAAAAUUGGCUAGUGGAGCAAGAUCUUAUAAAGCACUCAACCUAGCACUGGAAAAAGUCAAUUUGUCUUUAUCACAACAUUGCACACAUUUACAAGGUUGGUCUCAAAAAGUGGAUCUUCGGAUAGGUGACCUGUUAGCAAUCUCACGAGUGCUUUCAAAAGGAGAUUGUGUCCGACCGAAACUCGAUCGAGCCAUUGACGAUAUGUGUGCUCGUAUCAGUGACAUGAUAGCUGGCGGAUCCUGUGAUGUAGUGAAAUCGGCAACUGGUCUGGAGCUACGGUAGCUCAGUCAUUAGUGUUCUUUCAUCAUGUAUACCUCGGUAUGUUGUACCAAAAAAUGGUGUGUUGUGUGUAAAGAGGGUGCACUUUGUGCUUAAAUAAAUGGUAAAUUAUAC